UCCUUGAACUCCUACUUCCUGAUCCACCUGUCCGACAGGUAUCCACGCAGGCGGGGGGAGAAACUCACUCCAGACGAAACAUACUAUGGACGGAAAUUUACCGAAGUUUUGACGCAACUUUGAGGAUUUUUUUCUAUCGUCACCGGAGUGGAUCCACCUUCAAAUCCAAUUAUGUGUCGAGUGGACGCAAGAAGGACAGCUCUAAAUGUAGUUUCGCUGCUCUAUUUGUUUGGCGUUUUCGGUCUUUCCCAAGUUUCCUCCAUCGAAGUGACCACUCCAUCAGAGCUCCAUGCAAUUAAAGGGGAUACUGUUAGGUUGCCCUGCACUUUUACCUCCACAGCAAGCCCAACAAGUAAAAUGCGUGUUAGCUGGUCAUAUACACCACAGACUGGAGGUUCAUCACUGGUGUUUUUCCACUUCUCCUCCAAAGCGGAACUUCCAAAGACUGGUCAGUUUGCUGGUCGCAUCAAAUGGCAGGGAACCCCUGCACGUGGGGACGUCUCCAUCUACCUGAUCAAUGCCACUCUGAAUGAUAAUGGGACAUAUACAUGUGAUGUCACAAACCCCCCAGAUGUCUUCGGCUCCCCGAAGUCGCACACUGUUCUGACAGUUACUCCAAAGCCUACGACCAUCCGCUUCACAGAUGUUGCCGUGCUCAUCGCCUUUAUCCUCCUCCCCUCCGGCCUCAUUACCUUCUUCCUGAUUGGACGGAUGUUGUGUCCCAAGAAACGGCACAACCAAUCAAAGGCCUACAGAUCACCAAUAGAGGUCACAGAGGGAGAGGAAACUGGUGUCUGCCCACAGGCAGCCUACGUAAAGAGCACCACUUGCUGUGACAUGUGUCUAAUGGACUCUGACGAAGAGGAGGAAUACUACAGUAUGCAGAAGAUGCAACCCAGAGAAGAGGAGCAUGUUGAAUCUCAGUGCUAACAUCCACGGUGAUAGUUGUUUAAAAUCUUCAGCCACUGGACAGAAAACAAAACUGGCCUUCUUGAUUAGUAUUUGGUCAUAAAGUUUACUUUUUUUUUUUCUUCCAUUUUUAUUUUCAGACAGUUUCAGAAAUUGCUCCACCGCAAUAUUUACCACAAUUAUUUGACUUACUUUUUACUGCUGAGCUGAGCAGAUAAGAUCUGACAGAAUACAAAAAUCCUUUAUACCUUCAUGGGUUAUGGUGUAGAUACUUUAUUUUGUCUGCAGUAGAGCUACUAAACCAAGCACCUUUAAAUCAGGUGGAACCUGACAAAACAAGCCAACCAAGCACUGUAUAUAUAUACAAUAAAAAAUAUAUAUAUAUUUUUAACUUUCUGAUUUACCUAGUGUCAUUUUGUUAUUGUGAAGCAUGUGGAUGCAUUUAUUUUAUUUUAUUCUAAUUUAUUACCUCAGAGAGCGGCUGUAUUCAUUCUGUCUUUGAGUGGCAGUGGAACGUUUUGGGUGUUUGAGAUUAGGACAGAAUAAACAUUUUGAUUUAAAAUUUC